GCUUCUCAAAGAAUAUUACAAGUUAUUUACAGAAAAAAUGCCUCCUGAUUGUUUACCACAUUUUCAAGAACAAAAUGAUUUAAAGGGAUUGCUAGAAAGUCUUCAUCAAAAUAUCCAGGCCAAAAAGAGAAAGAAUGUAGAAAUCAUGUGGCUGGCUGCAACGAUUUGCCGCAAGCUGAACGGAGUGCGCUUCACCUGCUGCAAGAGUGCCAAAGACAGGACAUCCAUGUCAGUGACGCUGGAGCAGUGCUCCAUCCUGAGGGACGAGCACCAGCUGCACAAAGACUUCUUCAUCCGGGCGCUGGAUUGCAUGAGGAGCAGACAGACCCAGGGAGCACUGACUGACUCGGAUGAUCCCGAAACAGGCUGUCUAACUGAUAACAAGCCAACUGCUCGACACUUCUAUCCUGUCGCCUUGCUGCUUGUCAGCUCACACCUGCUGGUUGUGUGGCUUAUUUUAAGUCUUGCUUUGCUAUUAGCCAAAUAUCAAUAAACUUUACUUGUGUUCCUUUCUUUUCUACAAACA